UUUCUAGCCUUCCACAAAUAAAUGCCAACCUUCAUUUGAUUCUUCUAUAUCACUCUCUAUCUUCCUCUUCUCCUAAGAAAGAAAAAAGAAAAGAAAAAAAGACUACUUACUGGUUUUUCUAAUGGUGCCAGAAUUAGAGAAACCUCGAACCACAGAAAUACAGGUCCGAAUGGACUGUAAUGGGUGUGUUCAAAAGAUUAAGAAAGCACUUAAUGGCAUAAAUGGUAUAUAUGAUCUUGGCAUUGAUUUCCCUCAACAGAAGUUGAUUAUAGUUGGGUGGGCAGAUCCAGAAAAGGUUAUCAAAGCCAUUAAAAAGAUAAGAAAGGUUGCUACCAUAAUUUCUCAUACAGAGCAACAAACUGAGCCACCUCCACCAGCAGAACCAGCACCAGCACCAGCUGAUGGCAAUGGACAACCACCACCACAGCAGCAGUCACCACCUCAAGAUGCAACAGCAGCACCAGCCAACCCUCCACCAGCUGAGGCACCGCCGCAGCCGGAGCCUGCUCCGCCAGCAGAGCCACCACAGCAAGACCAUCCACCACCUGAUCAGAAUCCACUUCCUCAGCAACAUGCACCCGAGCCUCAACCAACUUCUGAAGCUUCAAACCCUAAUAAUAAUGCAGGCCACCCAGUUCAUCUGGCUUCAUCAUCCUCGGGAGGAGGAGGAGGACCAAACGAUGGAGGAGAGGCUCGUGUCAUAUACCAUCAUCCACCUGAUUAUGGCUAUAGAUAUGGAUAUGGCUAUGGUCAAGGCUAUAAUAAUAGUUACUGGAACAAGUACCAUAACGGCCAAGGACAACCUCAUCAUCAAGCUGAUCAAGAUCAUCAUCAUCAUCAUCAAGCUCAUCAAGAUAAUCAUCAUCAUCAAGCUCAUCAAGAUAAUCAUCAUCCAGAUCAUCAUCAUCAUCAAGCUCAUCAAGAUAAUCACCAUCAUCAUCAUCAUGAACAAGUAGUACCACAACCAGUUUACGUGACACAUAGCUACAACACGUACAAGCCAUCGCCAUAUGUGACAGAGUAUGAGUACGUCCGGUCACCACAACCGGUGCCUCAGCCGCCGCCACAGCCUUCUCAAACUCAUCAUUAUCAGAAUAGGAUUGAGCGCUACUAUGAGGACCAAAACCAAUAUUAUUAUUACAACAACAAUGGCAGUAAUGGCAGCAACAGUAGUGGAAAUAUUACAUCCCUUUUUAGUGAUGAAAAUCCUAAUGCAUGUAGAAUAGUGUAAAAACAAAACAAAAAAAGAGGUAGUAGAAAGGUUUGGGGGCCAAAAGGGUGUGUUUCUUUUACCUCUCUAAAUGAGUAUUGAUGAGGACGUUUAAUGGAGAAUAGUUAAGAAAAACCAAAAAGUUGAUAUUAUUUUCUAAUAAGCAUGUGGGAAAGAAAGAAAUGUUAAUGGAAAGAAUGAGAUUCCUUACUUGUUAGUGCUGGAAGAAUAGAUUCUGGAUUCCACUUCUGAGAAGGAUUAGAUUACAUACUGCCUAGAAUUCAUUUUGUAUAGAAGAAUCCAUAUAAUGCCCAGUUUUGUUUAAGAACCAUAAUUUGCAGCCCUUCAUUUUUUAAACACAAUAAGUUCCUUUCUUUUUUUUCCUCCUAUAUGAUAUAUGGUAGCUAGCGAGCUUCUUAGACGAUU